GUGCUCAUUGACACAAUCAUGCAGGCAGCUCAGUCCGGACCAUCUGCAGCUGCAACAGCAGACAUGUGAAGAGAGAGAAAAGGGAAAUAAAGAUGGACUAGAGAAUGUGCCGCGGCUGUCAUAAUCAGCAUCAUGUUCCCGGGAGUUUUCUAUGCACUGCUGGCGGGUUUUCUCGGAGCCGUGGCGUCGUCUUCGGCCAAACUGUCCCUCGGAGCCGACUACCUGAAGGGAGUCUGUGAAACCGGACUCCGGACGUGGGGGGAGCAACGGAAAUUUAGACAAGCGGACGAAACUACCGCCUGUGAUCGGCUCCACAUCCCUCUGAGGCUGCUGUGUGGCGGGCUGCUUUUCACCUGCAACGCUGUGAUGUGGACCUUCCUCGCCAAAGCACUCAGGUACUCCUCUUCCUCCACCCGAACCACUGUGACCACCACUGCCUCCAACUUCAUAUCUUCCGCUUUUCUGGGCCAGCUGAUCUUUGGGGAACCCCAGAUAACAUUGUGGUGGGUUGGGAUCUCUCUGACCUUCUCUGGUCUGUUGGUCCUGCAGAGGGUUUCACCGCAGAAUGGACAACAGAACACAGUUACUGCAAAGGACGAAUAAUAUAUGUCUCCACUCCAGCUGAGGCGCGUUUUGGCUCACACCUCCUUUGAUUUUACACAGAGCCAAAGAGUAGAUACAUCUGACA